GAGAGAGAGAGAGUGCCGCCGCGAUGAGUCACCGCAGGCGACCUCACGCCGCCGGACCGCCGCCCAUCUCCGAAGAGGGAGGAGGAGGUACCCCGCCGCAGCCGCCGGGGAAGGCGCCGCGGAUCCGUCCGUGGGCGGAGCGGCGGGUGCUGGCGCUCGCGCUGGCGUUCCGCGCGGCGAACGCGCUGCUGGUGCGCACCUACUUCAACCCCGACGAGCACUGGCAGUGCCUCGAGGUCGCCCACCGCAUCGCCUUCGGGUACGGCCACCUCACCUGGGAGUGGAAGCGGGGCCUUCGAAGUUACCUCCACCCGCUGAUCUUCGCCGCCCUUUACAAGCUUCUGGCGUUUCUCCACCUCGAUACCCCGUGGUUCAUGGCGAUGGCUCCACGGCUUCUACAAUCAGUAUUUGCGGCGUUCGGAGAUCUAUACUUGUAUAAACUCUCCAAACUUAUUUUCAAUGAGCACGUUGCCCAGUGGACAUUAUUUUCGCAGUUGGUGAACUGGUUCAUGUUUUUCUGCAUUACACGGACUCUAUCAAACAGCUUGGAGACAGUUUUGACUCUGGCUGGACUCUAUUAUUGGUUUAUUGCAAUCGAAUCUUCCAAGGGAAUUUCAGUUAUUUCAAAGCAGCAGGCCGCCAGCUACCAAAGCCCCCAUUCAAGAAAAGUGGCACUACUCAUAGCAGCCUUAGCCUGCGCCAUUCGGCCAACAAGUGCCAUAACAUGGUUGUAUGUUGGUCUUUUGGACUUCAUUUAUAUAAAGUCGAAAUGCCGAUUUUUGUUUCUCGAGGUCAUUCCUAUAGGGGCCAUUGUCCUUGCAGCAACAACAUUCCUCGAUUGGUGGAUGUAUGGUUCCCGGGUCAUAGUGCCACUUAAUUUUUUGAAAUUCAACCUAUUUUCUUCAGGAGGAGAUUACUAUGGAACACACGUCUUCCACUGGUACUUCACCCAAGGUUUUCCAUCUAUGAUUUGGACGUUCUUACCACUUUCAGUUUAUGGAGUCAUAAAGUCUCGAGAAUGGAGGAUUUCAGGUCUAGUUGCCUGGGUAUUAGGGGUUUAUAGCAUACUUGGACACAAAGAGUUCAGGUUUGUUCUUCCGGUGCUACCUUUAGCUCUGAUGUUCUCGGGUUACUUCUUAGCUGCAAUGUCGCAAUUCAAGGGUAAAAAUCUGCAUGGGAAACGAGACUUUUCAAGGUUGCAACUGUCUGUUAUUUUUCUCAUUAUAACCAAUGUUCCGAUGGCCUUAUAUAUGUCCCUGUUCCAUCAAAGAGGAACUGAAGAUGUUAUGUUUUAUCUGUCAAAAGAAGCCCAUAAUGGAAGAGUUAAGGGUGUCCUCUUUCUCAUGCCUUGCCAUUCGACGCCUUAUUACUCUACCUUACACAGUAACCUACCUAUGCGCUUUUUGGACUGUACUCCCAGUGAUAAUAAAGGGACCCUGGAUGAGUCAGAUCGUUUCCUCAUGAACCCACUUGAUUUUGUGGGUGAGGUUUUUGGAAAUCUAUCUUCCUUCAGUCACAUUGUGUUAUUUGAAUCCGAAGAAAGACACGUCAUACAGUUGCUUCUGCACGAUUCCUUUCAGGAGGUUAGGAGGUUUUUCCACUCCCACUUCAAGAUUGAUAGAGACCUUCAGUCGUCUGUUGUUGUAUAUUCACGGAGGGAUGUGCUAUGAUUGCUUUGGCUGAGAAAAGCUUGUUAUCGUACCUAACAACCUCUGAUUGUGUUAUCACAGUGUUUUAGUUUGUUAUUUCAGAAAUUAUCUGUAACACUAUUGGAUAGUGGAUACUAGAAUUUAGCAGUUUGUUAUGUUUUUUUACCCCUCGACAUGUGUGCUGAUCCUUUUUGUAUGGGUCAGAUUUUGUAUAACAACAUGGAACAUGCAUAAGAAAGUUUCCGUAUCCAUAA